GCGGGGCGGCCCGGCACUCCCCGCCUUUCCGCGGCUCUCCGUCCCCCUCCGGCGAGAUGUUAUGGCCGAGCCGGCGCAGACGGGCGGCGUAGGGCAGGGCGGGCGGCGGGAGGAUGAGGCGGCGGUGGCGGCGGCGCCGGCGGCCGCCGCCGCCCCCAGCUCGGAGGACUACGAGUGCAAGAUCUGCUACAACUACUUCGACCUGGAGCGGCGGGCGCCCAAGCUGCUGGAGUGCCUGCACACCUUCUGCCAGGAGUGCCUGAGCCAGCUGCACCUGCGCGCCGCGCAGCAUCCCCCCGCCGCCGGCGCCGAGCCGGGCCCGGGGCGCUCGCCCGGCGGCUCCCUGGCCUGCCCGCUCUGCCGCCACCGCACGGCGCUGCCCGACCACCGCGUCCACGGCCUCCCGGUCAACACCAAGCUGGCCGCCGCCUGCCCGCCGCAGCUGCGGGCCCGCGACCCGGUGCCGCAGGACCGCCUGCCGCCGCUGCCGCCCCGCCGCCCGCCCCGCGCCCGGGAGGCGGCGGCCGCGCUCGCCCCGCCGGCCCCCGCCCCCGCCGGGCCGCGCUCCUCGGGCGGCGGCUACGAGAGCUGCCAGAGUUGCAAGCGGGCGGCGCUGAGCGCCGGCUGCGUGUGCGUCGUCGUCUCCUUCCUCUCCAUGGUGGUGCUGCUCUUCACCGGCCUCAUCUUCGUCAACCAGUACGGCGGGGACGCCGCGCCCGGCGCCGCGGCAUCGCCGUCGCCGGUGGGGCCCAUCUGCCUGUCGGUCGCCAGCAUCCUCGCCCUCUUCUCCGUGGUCGUCACAUGGCUCAUCUGCUGGCUCAAGUACCGGCCCGAGGCGGCCACCGGCGGGGCCACGGCCAACGGCACCGCGCGGGGCCGGGCCGCCCGCAGGAGCGACACGUAGCCCCGGCCGAGCGGGACCGGACCGGACCGGACCGGGCCGGGCCGGGCCGAGCGCGGCCGCUGCUCCGGGAGCCCCGGGCCGGGGGCUGGCGGCGGCGGGGGAGCGCACGGGCGGGGCGGUGACAGGUGGCAGCCCUGCCGCGGCCCAUGGCACGGUGGAGGCGAUGGGGAUGGGCUGCAGGGUGACCCGGAGAGGGGUCACGGAGGGUCCGGCCGCUCAGGAGGGAGGACAGGGCGCGCCUUGCCGGCAGAGAUGGCUGGAAGGGCCUCCCUGGGGAGCUGGAGCUUGGGAUGUGCGCGGUCCCCGCCUCUGCGGGAGCGCAGCCCGGGCGCUGAGCUCCUGAUGCAGAAGGACACAAUCGCGAUUAAAGAAAACUGGCUUACUGUUGCCCCCACCUGGAAGAUAAUUGGAGAGGUUCACUGUGGUUAGGAGCAGAACAGGAACGCGAUGUUAAAUGCGCUUUGUUUUUUCCCUUUUAUGACGUUAACAAGUUAACAUAUAGAAGAAGCUGUAAAAAAGUGUAUUAUCUUAAAAGAGACUCGGCCAAAGUUUCCUACGGUGUACUGAGUAUGGUUUCAUUAUAAUUUUAUUAGAAGGCUGUUAAGCCCUCUGAUGGUUGCUUAAAAGAAGCUGUAUUAUUUAAUUCUUUGAAAUUCUAAUUUAAUGUGGGAGACUAAAACACUACACUGAACACUUAAAAAAAUUCUGGAAGAUUAUUUCAUUAAUGGAGCUCUAAAAUAGAGCUAAGAUACUCCUGUCAUAGGGAUUAAUAUUUCACUGGCCACUGAUUUCAAUUUUUAUGCGUUGAGAGGAGCCCACAUUAAAGUAUGGACUUUCAGCAUCACUGUAAAAGUGGAAUGCACUAGUGUAAUUUGUGAUUGAAAAUUCGGUCGAGGUAGCUGUAGUAAGACGGUGGUUUUCCCUCUUGGUAAGUUUAUCUUCUGUGUUGGGAGUUUCUGUAACAGACAGUAGAAAACGGUUUUGCUCUGUGAGGUUGGGACAUCAAAGGUGUCUUUGAAAUGUGACGAGAUGUUGGUGAUAUGAAUGGAAAAACAUUGCCAUCCAGCUGGUUUUGUAGUAUAUUAAGGAGAGCGCUCUAUAUAGAUACUGUUCUAUGUUGCAGGAUAAUUCAUUUGGUGCCUGAAUUUUUUAAACUUAAUUAGUUGUUAUAAUCUAUUCUAUCGGGAAUAAGAUAAUGCUGCUUAUUCCGUGUUUCUACACAGUACUGUAAUGGAAUGAGGUAAUUAUUUUCGUGCUUAACAAUUCAAGAAUUUUAAAAGUGAUCUUUUAGUAUGUGUAUUUUGCAAGCUGUCUGCAUGAUAAUUCUGACAAGUAUCCUCUUAAUAGACCUUUACUUGACCACUUCUGUUUAUCACAAGUGCAAAGAAAUUGACUGUAGAAAUGUAAAGACAGCAGGUGAAGAUGUGUGAUGUGUUUUAUGACUGCACAAGUGAUGUGUGCUGCGCAAUGUCUUGAUUAUCACAAAUGUGUGAAAAACAACCCCCUGACACCCAAGAAACCCCACAAACCAAGCGGUGUUUGUAUAGACUCUGAUGAUGGACGCAGUUUGUGGAAACAGUAGAUGAUUUUUGUGUCACUUAUGUCUAUUGCAAAAGAUCCGCACCAGCCUUUUGAAGUUGUAUAUCACAAUAUAAAGGCCCUGAGGAGAUAAAUUACUGGGAUCAACUGUGGCUCUGACCGAGAUUUGUGUAUUUAGACCAGUGUUUUCCAACUUGGAGUUGCUCGUUAGCUGUCUAAAAGGUUAUGCCUCCUAAAAUCAGGCCUGACCAUUAGCCCCUGUUGACUUCAGCAGUAGUUGUAGAUGUUCUGCACCAAAGAAAAUCACAAGACUUUUAUUUAAGCAUCUAAAUGAGAAUUUAGGUGUUUGACUUCAGGUACAAAUAUUUGAAAAUUUGGGCCUUAACCUCUGUGUUCUUCAGUUAAUGCAUCUGUAAAGUUUGAUAAUAGCCUUGACCUACCUCACAGGCAAGAUGUGAGGCUUUAUUUAUUAAUGUUUUUAAGCAAUUGGAGAUCCUUGAAGAGGAGGUGCUAUAGAAGUGAAAGUAUUAUUGUAAAUGAUACUGUAGUAGGAAUAAAUAUAUGUAAAUUAAUGGACAUAAACAGCAGCAAUGUUUUCUAAGAAAAAUAAAUAUAUAAAAUAUGUACAUGUGUACAUCAUAUACACCAA